CAUUCCCGAAUCCCUGCCCGUGACAGGUUCCAGUAUUUUCGUCGUUUUAUAAUUGGGGCUUUUGCCGCUUCUUUCUGUAACUUGCAAAGAAUAUUCUACCCUGAAGAUGAGCUUAAGCUCGCAGUCUCAGUCUGCCAGUGCAAUUGGGAGUGUAAAUGUGGAGCCUCAGGACCCAAAAUCAAACCCUAAUCACAAGCGGGAGGCUUAUUCAGAAACUCAUGAUCCGACUGCGAAAAAAUCGAGAACUGAAGCUGCCGGCAGUGAAGAAGGGAACUCAGGAGCUGUUUCAGGUCAACAGAACGCAAAGGAACUAACUUUUGAGAUUGAGGCGGAUGCAGCUGAGGAUAAGGGGUCUAGGCAUACGAUGGAAGAUGCCUGGGUAGUGAUUUUGGACGCCAGUUUAGAUCAUCCUGGAAAACUGAGGUGUGCACACUUCGCAAUCUAUGAUGGACAUGGAGGCCGGUUGGCUGCUGAAUAUGCUCAAAAGCAUUUGCAUGAAAAUGUUCUUUCGACAGGAUUACCACGUGAGUUGUUAGAUGUAAAGGUAGCUAAAAGAGCAAUACUCGAAGGUUUUCGCAAAACAGAUGAGUCCCUUCUUCAAGAAAGUGCUGCAGGGGGAUGGCAGGAUGGUGCUACAGCUGUAUGUGUCUGGUUAUUGGGACAAAAGGUUUUUGUUGCAAAUAUAGGAGAUGCCAAGGCAGUAUUAGCUCGGUCAGCUACAACUGAUGGAUCGGAAAAUCACUCAGAUGGCAUCCAUGCAUUGAAGGCCAUUGUUUUGACAAGAGAACACAAGGCAAUCUACCCACAGGAGCGGGCUCGCAUUCAGAAGGCUGGCGGUGUUGUGGGCUCCAAUGGACGAUUGCAAGGGCGUCUAGAAGUUUCUAGGGCAUUUGGUGAUCGCCAGUUCAAGAAGGUGGGUGUAAUUGCAACACCAGAUAUCCAUUCUUUUGACUUUACUGAUAGAGAGCAUUUUAUCAUCCUUGGCUGUGAUGGCCUGUGGGGGGUAUUUGGUCCCAGUGAUGCAGUUGAUUUUGUUCAGAAACUAUUGAGUGAGGGGUUGCCUGUGACAGCUGUGAGCCGCCAUCUUGUUAGGGAAGCCGUUCGUGAACGGCGCUGUAAGGAUAAUUGCACUGCAAUUGUAAUUGUUUUCAAGCGUAAAUAGUUGCCAAGCGACCAUCAGUCUGAGAUAUUUAUUGCUGCUGGGUUGUCAGAUAGAAAUGGGGACUGUUAUGGACUACUGCAUUGAAGGCCAAUGUACAAUGCCUGGUUUGCUUAGUCUCCCAAAUCUGUUGUAGGCACGGUUUAAAAAACAAUAUUGAUCAUUGUAUCGGGCAAGGUACUAAUUCAAGGUAUCUACUAGUAGGCUUGUUUACUUGUA